AAUUAAAAGUUCACUAACUCUUUGUGUUGUGAAACCUGACAAAUAUGUUGGCCACCGGAAGGGUAGCAAAACAAAAGGAAAUAUCCCAAAGUACAAGGCGUGUUGCCAAUAAAGGAAAGGCAACUGUGCUUGCUCUUGGUAAGGCCUUCCCCAGCAAUGUAGUCUCUCAAGAGAAUCUCGUGGAGGAGUAUCUCCGUGAAAUCAAAUGCGAUGACCCCUCUAUCAAAGAGAAGCUGCAACACUUGUGUAAAACCACAACUGUGAAGACACGCUACACGGUCAUGUCCAGCGAGACGAUGCAAAAAUACCCUGAGCUAGCAACGGAGGGUUCCCCAACCAUUAAACAGAGGCUUGAGAUCGCAAACGAGGCGGUUGUGCAGAUGGCAUAUGAAGCGAGCUUGGCUUGCAUCAAGGAAUGGGGAAGGACAGUGGAAGAUAUCACUCAUCUCGUCUAUGUUUCAUCCAGUGAGUUCCGUUUGCCCGGGGGUGACCUCUACCUCUCGGCACAACUGGGCCUUAGCAACGAGGUGCAGAGGGUGUUGUUUUAUUUUCUGGGAUGCUACGGAGGUGUGAGUGGGAUGCGCGUGGCCAAGGACAUUGCUGAGAACAACCCAGGGAGCCGGGUGCUGCUCACCACCUCUGAGACUAUGGUUCUUGGGUUCCGUCCCCCCAACAAAGCUCGCCCUUACGACUUAGUCGGGGCUGCUCUCUUUGGAGACGGAGCAGCUGCCCUGAUCAUCGGAGCAGACCCUACAGAGUCAGAAAGUCCCUUCAUGGAGCUUCACUAUGCGCUGCAGCAGUUCCUACCAGGAACGCAUGGGGUGAUUGACGGGCGGUUGUCAGAGGAGGGCAUAAGCUUCAAGCUAGGAAGAGAACUGCCUCAGAAGAUCGAAGACAACAUAGAGGAGUUCUGCAAGAAGCUGGUGGCAAAGGCUGGCUCUGGUUCAUUGGAGUUGAAUGACCUGUUCUGGGCCGUUCAUCCCGGUGGACCGGCCAUCCUGAACGGGCUAGAGACGAAACUGGAGCUGAAACCAGAGAAGUUGGAAUGCAGCAGACAGGCGUUGAUGGAUUAUGGGAACGCAAGCAGCAACACCAUCUUCUACAUAAUGGACAAAGUAAGAGGUGAGCUUGAGAAGAAAGGCAGAGGUGGAGAAGAGUGGGGUCUAGGUUUAGCCUUCGGACCGGGAAUUACGUUCGAGGGAUUUCUCAUGAGGAGCCUCUAAAUGUGGCUAUGGACCCGAUAUAUGUGAUUAACUAUAAUAAAUAAACUAGAUUUUGAUCCGCGCUUUUGAAGUGCGGGAUAUUUUACGAUGAAAAAUUUCACUAAUAAUUUAACAAAUAUUUUGGUUAUUUUUAAA